ACAUCACCAGUGGAGCAGGUUUGGGUCAGGUCCUGGAUUUUAUAUACACGGCCAAACUGAAUUUAAGUCCACAGAAUGUAGAGGACGUGCUGGCUGUUGCAAACAUUCUAGAAAUGCAAGAGGUUGUGAACGCCUGUUCUGCAUACCAGUCAAUGUCAAACCCAGCUAAAGAGCAACAGGCAGAGGCAGAAGAAUUGUCUGAAAAUAAUGUAUCUCAAGGAAAAUCACCCUCAAAAAUGGAUCAAAGUGCCUGUUCUGCAUACCAGUCAAUGUCAAACCCAGCUCCUACAGUUAUAACAUUGGAUUUCACUGUUGAUGAGUCCAGUCUGAACACAGAGCAGCAGGUUUCUCUUUCCCUGAUAAAGUCAGAAGAAAAACAACAACAUCAGGCAGAAGCAGAUUCAUUUUCUUCCACUGAAGAGGAUUUUGACUGUGAAAUGACCCCUGAGCGACAGGCUUUCAAUGAAGAGGCAGAUGAUGAGGAAGAACAACAGCAACAGGCAGAGGCAGAAGAAUUUGCUGAAAAUAAUGUAUCUCAAGGAAAAUCACCCUCAAAAAUGGAUCAAAGUGCCUGUGGUGGUAAUUCUCAAAUAACUGAUCUGGAAGUCAAGGUUUCCUCUAACACUGCACAUCAGCGAAUCUAUGACAAAAAGAAUUUCUGCCUUUACUGCGAGAGGCCUUUUGCAAAGAUUACAAGACAUCUGAUGCAAAAGCAUCGCAACAAAGCUGAGGUGGCCGAGGCAUUUGUCCACAAGCAAGGAUCAGCCAUGCGUAAUCUACUUCUGGGCAAAAUCAGAAACAUGGGCAAUUACAAUCAUAAUUGUUUGGUGUUGUCUUCCGGAAAAGGACAAAUAAUACCAAAAAGACAAGCAACCCACAGAACAAUAGCAACAGAUUAUUUGCCUUGCAGGUUUUGCUGUGCCAUGUACCUGAAAACAGACCUCUGGAGACACCAUAAGCACUGCAAACUGCAGGUUGAAAAGGAUCGACCUUUGAAGAGAGGAGUCCAAGCCAGGUGUUCUCUGAUGUUGCCGCUGAUGGACAAGACAGUUUCCAAUAGACUUAAAAACAUUCUGGAGGACAUGACACGUGACUCUGUCACUGAUCUGGUGAAAUCUGAUGCGCUCAUCAUUUCACUGGGAGAGAGAAUGUUCCCUAAAAACGGAGAGGUUGGACGACAACGGGCUGACGUCAGGAACAAGAUGAGGGAACUUGCCAGACUUGUUUUGAUGGCUAGAACAAUCGACAAAGACAUCGUCUAUUUAAGAGAUUUGAUCAACCCGGGAAAAUUCAACACCGUUCUGGAGGCUGUUAAAAAGGUGACCGGGUUUGAUGAAUCGACAAACCGAUUUUCAACUCCUACGACAGCUCGCAAACUGCGUCAUUCCCUUGUAAUAGUGACACAUAUUUUGCAAGGAGAGGCUCUGCGGCAAGAGGAUGAUGCCUUGAAGGGAACAGCAGAGCAAUUCCAUAAACUAAUUGAGCUACAAUUGACAACACGUGUCAGCUAAUGCGCUGAAGACACUAUAUCAAAAGAAAUGGAACCGUCCCCAAAUGCUGCCUCAAAAUGAGUACAUUAAGAGACUGUACAAACAUCUGAAAUGCCAUGAGGAAGUCCACAAAACAUCUUUGACUGACCAUCCAUCACAGAGCUCAUGGAGUGAACUCUCCCAAGAAACUCAGGCGCAGGAGAGGCGACUCAAGGCCUUAUCCUUAACCAUAACCAGUUAAUAAUUUACCCUAAACUUAUCCUAACCACAAUUCAAAUCUUAGACCUAGACUGAACCAGUUUCACAGAAAUUAGGUUCUGACAUGGUCAGUGUUUAUGCCAGAAAAGGUCCUAAAGAGGUGACACACACACACACACAGACACCCACAAACAAACACAUUUCUCAUUCAUAACUUGUUGUAUAUUAUUAUUUGUGUGAAUAAAACUCUCAUUUGACAGUAAA